GAUUUUUCGCUGACUCGUUGCUGAGUCUUUCGAGGUAUCUUUUGUACUUCACCGGUUCACCCCGAGUUCACGGUCAAGGAAUUAAAAAUUUUUCGCAAGUUUUGUUCCUUCGUCCUUUAUUCAUCCUUGAUUCGACUCUGUCAGUCUCUGUGUACUUGUUAUUAUUAUUCAUUAUAUAUUAUUUAUUAUUGUAAUUAUUAUCGUUCAUUAUUUUCAGCUAGUACUUAAGUAAAAGGUGUUCAGUAAUUUGCGGCGUGAUUUGGUGGAAUCGUCAAACGUGGAAUAUAGUAUAUACAGUACUGUACUGCUGACUGUUGCCUGUUAUGAUCUGCUAAUAAUCGACCAUCGCAGAAACGGAAGUCCGUAAUUUCGUUCGCCAUUGAAUUAUACAACGGUUUUGUUUGCACUACAAAGUCUGGGUAAGGUCGGAUAACACUGGCUUUGUCCGGACUGCAGGAAAAACGUGAGCUGUUUCGUGGCAAGUAAAUUGUAAGUGGAUCCGGCUGACGGCUGUAGCAGGUUUAUUUGCGUUUCCUGACUACCCUCCUGUCGCAGUCCUGUGGUUGGGGGCGUGGAACUCCUUUGCAACAACACGUACAGGAGCCAGGUUGUGUGCUCUCGUAUGGCAUUAUAUUUGGGAAUCCGGUGUGCGUGGAAGUUCACUCCUUUGGCUGCAAAAGAAUAACAACGCCAUUGCGGAGUUUCUGGUUGCAGAAAAUUGUUUUGGGCGAUUUGACAGAAGCCUGGAGUUGGGAACACUGUCCAUCAGAAAACUAAUAACAUGGCUUCGAAAUCUGCGAAAUACGGGCAAGCUAGUGGAUCGCGCAAGAAGACGCUUAAAGUGGAUUUGUCUGAAAAACAAAAGAAAGAAAUUCGCGACGCUUUUGAUUUAUUUGACCCGGAACGAACUGGCGAAAUCGACGCGAAAGAUCUUAAGGUCUGCUUAAGAGCCCUUGGAUUUGAACCGAAAAAGGAAGAAAUUAAAAAGAUGCUGACUGAUAUCAAAAGCGAGGAAGGCAAUAUCAAUUUUGAUCAAUUUCUUUCCAUACUGACGACGAAAAUGAACGAAAAGGAUGCACACGACGAAAUCCAAAAAGCCUUUCGUCUCUUCGACAGUGACGAGACAGGCAAAAUCAGUUUUCAGAAUCUCAAACGGGUUGCCAAAGAGCUCGGUGAAAAUUUGACUGACGAAGAACUGCGUGAGAUGAUUGAAGAAGCUGACCUCAAUGGUGAUGGAGAAGUGGACGAGAAGGAGUUUCUCCGAAUCAUGCAAAAGACGGGCCUGUAUUGAAAGCCAAAACCACAACGAUGAUUUGUCUCGAUAAUUUGGGUAUUGGAAUUUUUAAGUGAUUGAACCCCAAUGCCGGGCCGUAAUUGAAGUAUUCUUCCCAGAGGCCAGGUUAUUUUGGUCGUUAACAUGAAUUGCUGGUCCCGAAAAGGGGAUGGUUUUUUCUAUUGAUAUGCACACGUUCGUUAUCCAUAUUCCAUUUCCCAGUCGUCCAUAAUUGAUGUUGAUAUACAUAGCUGUCAGAAUGAGCAUUCCCUAAAGGCAUGACGUCAGUCACGCUUUACAACUGUUUUUGCACUUUUGUACUGGCACGUUUACAAAUUGUGUCGAGAUCGUUUAUGUUUUGUGUUCCGCAGUAUAUACUUUAGAAUACGAAUGAACAAUACGAACUCGCAA